ACUCAGGGGCAAAAUGGGAGCCCGCCAUGAUUAAGUCUACCUGUGUUUGCCAAGGUUCAGCAACAGACUGCUCUAUUUGAACUAAGGUAGGAAUCAUGAAAGCAGAUGGAGUAGAGAGACUAAGGACUUUGGAUAAAACCUAGGAUUUCACUGUCUGCUAAUGUUUAGUGCCAAAAGGGGUAAGGAAGCUCAGAAAUGUUUUAGGAAGUCCCUGGUAUCCGUGUUGUCAGAGUUCCAAGGUAAACAACACUUAACCCUUCCUGGCCAACAUAACCACAAUGUUGCAUGGCACACAUGGUCAAACCCCAUUAAUUUUAAUUCUCCUGCACUAAGAAAACUAAGGGGAGAUCAUCCUAGCUUAUUGCCUCAAAGGAAACGGACUUUUUCAUGUGGUCGAAGAGAGAGGCUUAAUAAAGCAACAAAACAAAGCACCUGUAUAAAGGUAGUGUAAUAGUAAAGCUGCAUUUUCAAACUUAAUGCUAGGAAAAAUACAGGUAUAACCAUUUGUGUUACAGUCCAGAAGGAAAUUACUGCAUCAAAGAAGGCCACUUAACAUGCUUUUGUGUCAACUCCUCCUUUUCCCAGAUCCGACUAAAAAGAAGUAGUGUGUCUAUCCUUAAUGCUGGAACAGCCAACUUAAAUAACCGGAGUUUCUUCUGUUGCCCAUAGGGUUGGUCCACGGACCUUUUAGGUGCCACUGUAGAAACUGGAUGAAAGCCACGGGGUAAGAAUGUUUUUGGUAGGCAGUUUGGCUGAAGCAAGCAGAACUGAUGUGCAGGUGCCCAGUUCCCAGGUCUGGCCCGAGCCAGCGGCCCGGGGAGAAGGGUGCAGAGCAAAAUUGCCCUUUGGUAGCAGCUAGACUAAAUCCCGGUGGAAAAAUCCUGCUUCUCUUAAAAUCGCGGAAGAGGGAGAGUUCCACUCCCCUGAAAACAGCUUCGGAGCCGUUGCGGGCUCCAGCUGUACGCAGGUGGCGGACGCAUCCCGGCCCCAUCCCGUCAGGGGGCCGCCGUGCUGCGGAGCGAGGGGCCGGGCCGGGCCGGGCGGGGCGAGGCGGGGCCGGCAGCGCGGCGCUGUGGCCGCCGCCCGCGGGGCCAUGGCGGCGGGGCUGGAGGAGGCCUUCGGGGCGGCGGGGGAGUUCGGCGGCGCGCAGCGGCGCCUCACCGCCUUCCUCGUGCUGCUGCAGGUAUACGUGGCUUGUCAGUCAAUGCUUAUCGUGCUUGUGGGAGCCAUGCCUGAGUAUCGUAUAGACCAAGAAGGAAUUCCAGCGAGCAAAGCUGAGCUUGCCAAGCAUAUCCAUUUCAUGAGCAACUUCACAUCUAUCGUAACCGAGUGGUAUCUAAUUGAACAAGAAGCCUACAAAGUGAGCCUUGCAUCAUCCCUAUUUUUUGCUGGAUUGCUUAUUGGAAACAUCACGUUUGGCCCUUUGUCAGAUAAACUGGGCAGGAAACCAGUGUAUAUUUCAGGUCUAUUUUUUGAUGUCCUUUUUGGGUAUGUUACAGCAUUAGCUCCAAAUUAUGGCGUAUUUGCAGUUUCACGUUUCUUUGUUGGAAUUGUGAAUGGUGGAAUGGCUCUUGUGUCUUUUGUCCUAACACAGGAAUAUGUAGGAAAAUCAUUUUGGUCAUUUACAGGUUCAUUAACUAAUUUGACGUUUGCGGUUGGCAUUGCUGUUUAUGCUUUACUGGGUUACUGUGUAAGAGAGUGGCGUCACCUGGCAUUGGUAUCAAAUACUCCAGGAGUCAUCUUCCUUCUUCUUUCGUUUAUGCUGCCAGAAUCACCACGAUGGCUGUAUUCCCAAGGGAAAACUGCAGAAGCUGAAGAUGUGAUGCAAUAUAUUGCCCUUGGUAAUGGAAAAGAAAGAUUAAAUCUAAAAUUAAAACCAAGUGCAGGAACUUCACGAAAGGAUGAAUCACCACCUGGUAUACUAAACUUAGUAAAACACCCAGUCCUUCGGUGGCGAACCAUCAUACUUAUGUACAUCUGGUAUGUCUGCAGCUUGGUAUACUAUGGGCUAACUUUAAAUGCUGGUGAAUUAGGAGGAAAUCUUUAUUUAAAUGUGGCUCUUUAUGGUCUUGUGGAAGUUCCAGCUUUUCCACUCUGCAUGUUCUUUAUUGAGAAACCUUGGUCUGGAAGACGUAAAACUAUGAUGUGCUUUCUGAUAUUUGCAGGAAUUGCCUGUAUGUUUACCAUGUUUUUACCAAAAAACUCUGUUCUUAUUUUCCUUUGUGGUAAGAGUAAUACUGGUUCUUGGCCCAGAAUGAUCUGUAUCUCUCAAGCAGAAAGAAAUUCAGCUCUGAGCAUGAUGAAGAUGAGUCACUUCCGUGGAUGCAGUUUACUCCUCAGUCCCACUUUGUUAGCCUUGUGUGGAAAAAUGAUGGUCAGUGCUGCUUUCAACAUUGUAUAUAUUUAUACAUCUGAACUCUACCCAACAGUGCUGAGAAAUGCUGGCUUGGGUGUCUGUUCCAUGUCUUGCAGAUUUGGAGGCAUUCUGGCUCCAUUUGUGCCUUCUAUGAAAUCUCUCAGCCCUUCUGUACCAUUGGUGGUGUUUGGAAUCAGUGGGCUGUCAGCAGGAUUCCUGACUCUCCUUCUGCCAGAAACACUGAAUAAGCCAAUUGCAGAGAGCAUUGAAGAUCUUCAGAGUCCCAAAUACAGAGUGCUUAUAAAUGAAAAGGCAAACCAGCUGGAAGAAAGCACUUAAGUUUCAGAAUGUCUCUCUGUGCUGAAAAAAUGAAGCCUCCGUUGAGAAGGUGCUGUAACAGCUGAAGGGCAGAGUCUUGCUGUAUAUAUCGGAGUUGAAAAUUUGGAGAACUUUAUUGUAUAAUGCUGCUUAUAGCAUGCUGAACAGUUUUAUGUGAAGGCAAGUUGAGAAGAUGGAAAAAGUUGAUCAAAGCUUGUGAGGAAAGAAGUGACAAAUCAGUGCUUUAAUGUAAUGACUUAACAAAACCAUACUUUGGAUGUUUGGACUUCUCUAUGGCUUCUUAAAAUGAAGAAUUCAAAUAAUUUAUGUUACAAAAUAUAACUGUUAGCUUCAGAUAAUAAAAUGUUGCAACUGAA